UCAUAAGUUUUGCUCGAGUCUUGCUGGCCGCACGCCCCGAGUUGCUGUCCCACAAGAAUGUUUGUGUGUGCCAGUGCAUCCAGCCUCGCGCUCUGAUGAGAAGCAAAGCAUCAAGAUAUGAAGAGGUCGAAGAGGACAAGGGUUUUGAUCUUAACUCUUUUGCUUCUUUGCAUGCAUCAUCUCCUGCACCCUUCAAUGAUCCUCUAUCCUUGCCCUUAUCCAACAUGCAAGAAUCCGCUACACCUCAAGCCCCUUAUCGACGAGUAUCCGCCUUUGUAUAUAAAGCGACGACACCACAACAGGCUUCCCUGCUGCGAAUGGUGCCACGCUUGGAGAGAGCGUGAUACUCAGCUCGCGCGAGACUUGAACAAUGCGCACGGACCGUUCGCCCGUCAUCCCCUCCUUCGGGAGAUCAAGCGUUUAUACCCAGCAAUCCACCUCUUCUACCAGAAUACCAACACUCGCUGGGCGGAUAUGGAUGACAUCCGUAACGUGGCGUAUUGGGUGGACGAGGUGUCGAUGCUGGUUUUCGAAUGCUGGAGAAUGGCCCCUACCCGGUAUCCGGAAUGCAGGCAACUUGCACAGAGGCUUAGGGAUAUGGCUCAUGGGCUCCAGACAAAUCCGCACCGGGAGUUAUAUUUUACGAUGCCCAUGCCGCGGCCAAGUCUGACUUGGGAGUAGAAGCUGCUAUCAUUUCAUUCGAUUUCUGUAACGUACAUGGGCAACAUGGUCGUGACUUGCAAUUUCGAAUCUAUUGGGUUCAAUGAUAGUGCAAACUUUUCAGGGUU